AUGACUGAUGAGCUCCCAUGUCUGUCUGCCAUUUCUACAGAUAACCACUCUGCACCUCCAGAUGUAACCACUGGCCUGGUGGAACAUUUACAUCACGAACGUCCACAGGUAGCAUCAGUACGAGGAGUUCCCAGAGGCUACAACAGCAGCAUUUUGGAAACUGCAGAUGGUGUCCCAGUGAACAGCAGAGUGUCCUCUAAAAUCCAGCAGCUUCUGAACACCUUGAAGAGACCAAAGCGCCCACCUUUGAAAGAGUUUUUUGUUGAUGAUUUUGAAGAGCUAUUAGAAGUGCAACAGCCUGACCCAAAUCAACCAAAGCCUGAAGGAAACCCAGUGAAUGUACUGAAAGGUGAACCCUUGGGUGUAGUAACCAACUGGCCACCUUCUCUGCUGGCUGCCCUGCAGCGCUGGGGCACUACCCAGCCCAAAGCCCCUUGUCUGACAGCAUUGGACACGACGGGGAAAGCAAUUUAUACGCUGACUUACGGCAAGCUGUGGAGUCGAAGCUUGAAGUUAGCAUAUACCCUGCUAAACAAGCUAACCACUAAGAAUGAACCACUGCUGAAGCCUGGAGACCGGGUAGCUCUUGUAUUUCCUAAUAGUGAUCCAGUUAUGUUUAUGGUGGCGUUUUAUGGAUGUCUCCUGGCAGAACUUAUCCCUGUCCCAAUAGAAGUUCCACUGACAAGAAAGGAUGCUGGCAGCCAGCAGAUUGGGUUUCUGUUGGGCAGCUGUGGAGUAACACUAGCUUUAACCACUGAUGCCUGUCAAAAAGGCCUUCCGAAAGCUCAGACUGGCGAGGUGGUUACCUUCAAAGGCUGGCCUCGUCUCGUUUGGUUUGUGAUUGAUGGGAAGCAUCUGGCAAAACCAACUAAGGACUGGCAUCCGCAAGUACGGGAUGCCAGCGCUGAGAUCGCUUACAUCGAGUACAAAACAAGUAAGGAGGGCAGCACAGUGGGCAUUACUAUCUCUCAUGCUUCCAUGCUAGCACACUGUCAUGCAUUGACUCAGGCGUGUGGCUAUUCAGAAG